GAGCCGAGUGACCGCUCAGUCUCUCUAGUCAGCCACUGAGUCCCGCCUACUAUGGUGUAGGCGGCCGCUGAUUGGACAGUACUGUGUUGAGUGGCAGCAGAUUCUCUUGGGUCCCGUUCUCCGGCGGCGGACAUGGAGUCGGUGGGCGCUCAGAGACUGCAGCCGGGGGUGUCGGUCGGCACUCUGCGGUCUCUCAGGCCCGGGGUGACGGGCGGAGCUCAGGCCACAGUUCCUCCUCCUCCCCUGAGCCUUGGGGUGUCGGGGAGCCCGGCGGUGCUGAGGGAGGCGGUAGAGGCUGUUGUGAGGAGCUUCGCUAAACACACCCAGGGCUACGGCAGAGUAAACGUGGUGGAAGCUCUGCAGGAGUUCUGGCAGAUGAAGCAGACCCGGGGGGCGGACCUGAAGAAUGGAGCCUUGGUGGUCUAUGAAAUGGUCCCUUCCAACAGCCCGCCGUACGUCUGCUUUGUCACCCUGCCCGGCGGCAGCUGCUUUGGGAGCUUUCAGGAACUCAUGACGGUCUUCCAGCUCCUCCACUGGAACGGCAGUCUGAAGGCUAUGCGGGAACGGCAGUGCUCCCGUCAGGAGGUUCUGGCCCACUACUCCCACCGGGCCCUGGAUGACGACAUGAGGAACCAGAUGGCUAUGGACUGGGUAAACCGGGAGCAGGACUCUCCAGGAACCCUGACCCGAGAGCUGUCGGCCACCGAGAGGCAGCUGGAUGACGCCCGGCUAGCCGGGAAGGAGCUCCGUUACCACAAGGAGAAGAGGGACAUCCUGAUGCUGGCCGCAGGACAGUUGGGGAACAUACACUCCUCCAACUGCUAGAUGGAGCCUUGCCCUCCCACCAAUCCAUGCAAUAGGCAGGCUGCAUCAGUGUUAGUGGUUAGCUGGUCCUGCAUGUGA